AUGAGCAUAAACGAUUUGUCAGUUUUGACAUUAAACUGCUGGGGACUUUAUUUUAUUGCUAAGCAGCGAAAGACACGAUUAAGAGCAAUUGCAGAUGCAUUGAGUAAUGAGAAUCAUGACAUUGUUACGUUGCAAGAGAUUUGGAUGCUAGAAGAUUUUGAAUAUUUGAAAUCCAAAGUCGAGAAUGUUUUGCCAUUCUCCAAUUAUUAUUACAGUGGUGCCCUCGGUAGCGGUUUGGCUAUCCUUUCUCGGUUCCCAAUUGUUUCGACCUCCUACUUUCGAUACACCUUGGCAGGUCGACCACUCAAAAUAUUCCAUGGUGAUUACUAUGUAGGCAAAGGAUGUGCAUCAGCAUGUAUAAAUCAUCCGGAUAUUGGGAUCAUCGAAGUGUUUACUACUCAUCUUCAUGCAGGGUACGGAGAUGUCGAUGAAUACGAAGGUCAUCGUGUAACCGAAUCCUGGGAGUUGUCCAACCUUUUGAGAGCAUCUGCUGCCCAAGGAAGACAAGUUAUUGCUACUGGUGACUUUAAUAGCAUUCCUACAAGUUACAACUAUGCAUUGCUUAAAAAGCAUGCAUUCAUGACUGAUGCUUGGCUCGAAGCACACAGCGAGAGACUUUCACAGACUGGACUUGAUCCAGGCCAUCGUAGCCCUCACGAAUGUAUUCAACAUCUUGGAAUAACUUGCGAUUCUCCUGCAAACACUUGGUCUAAGCAUUUUCUUAAACAACAACCUCACUCCAAACAAGUCGGUGACCGUCUUGACUAUAUUUUCUACCGGCGUACUUCUCAAAUUACAUGCACUGGAUCUGUGGUGGCCAUGACAGACUAUAUUCCUGGUACUCAAAUGUGCUACUCAGAUCAUUUUGCAGUACAAGCAACCUUCUCAAUCAAUUCACAGCCUACGCAAGUUAAUUCGACAAGUCCGUCAGCCGUUCAAUUAUCCAAUCCUUCUUUCACCACCUUUCCUCUCUCAAUUGCUCAAGCUGUUCUGACUUUGCUUCGUCGAGACCAAGUCGCCACACGAAAGACAGCGUACAGACUUCUCUUAUUGUUUGGUGUUGCAAUAAUUAUGUUGCUGUUUCUCUGUGUUUCUACCGUGGCAGUCUUACCAGAUUGGAUUGCUCCAAAAGACGAGAGUCAGCUUAAAUUCUUGCUUGGGAGUUUGGCAAGCAGUCUUGUGAUGAUUAUCUCUGCUGUUAUCGCUACAAUCUGUGUGGUUGUCGGUUUUGUAUUUGGGCACACUGAAGAACGCGCUUUGAGACAGUUUAUCGAAGAAAUUCAGCUUUUGGUAGCUUCCAUCCAAGAAGACAGCCGAUCGGACGCUCCAUUUGUACACCUAUCAAAUCAAGCGAGCGACAAUCCUUCACGUGAGACAUUUUAUAAUGAAUUCAAUGAAAGAACAAGGCUUUUAGAUGAUGCUUGAGAUCCAAUACCUCCUUAGUUUACUAGCCCAAUAUAUUUAUUAUUAUUUUAUAAAUGUAUGAAAAAAAUACAUUAAUAUUUUGUUUAUUUGAUUCAUAAUGUACUAUAAAAGUAUAAUAUUUUUUCUUGUCUUUCUAAAAUAAAAGGGCAAUGUCAUGAUAAAAAAGGAUGGAUGGAGAUGAAAUGAAAGGUAGAUAGGUGAGAUAGACAGGAGAGGUAUGUUCAAGUGAAGAAAGUAUGCUAAUUACAGGAAGUUUAUGUGCAAUGUUGUAUAGCAAGAUAUCCAACUCAAAUUUCGUCCUCCAUCUCACCUCCCAGUUCGGACUUGAUUCGUUCACGCAAAGACUCGAUGCAUGACGCCUUUUGCUCAAGUACGUCGUCUAGUUUGUUCAAAUAGUUUCCGUAAAACUUUGUGAUUUUUUUGUUGUCUGUCUCGCCUUCUUCUCUAAAGUCGCUCUGACUUGACAGCAUUAGCGAAAAUUUGGCCACCAUUUUCUUCUCGAUUUUUAUACGCUCAUCAAGUUCCUUUAUCUGCGCACGAUGAAGUCUAAUGAAAUCCUUGGCUUCUUCUGCCGACACUUCUCUUUCGUCUUCCUCGUCUUCUUCGUCUUCUUCAUUUUCAACGAUUGUGUCUCUGUCUUCUCUUGCGCUCAUAAUAGAACUCUGUAUAUUUGGUGAGAUGGUCAUUGGCGGUGAAUUAUUAAGUUCUUGAUGUAAUGGUGUCAGAAUAUCUUCAUU